CGUGACGUCACAAGAGCUACGGAAGAGGUUGGACCCUAUCGGACCCGACAUAAAAACCUGUGUUUUCGACAAAAUUCCACAGUAUUCUGGACAUCUGUUGGUGAAUCUUUUGCAAUUUGUUCAAUUUACAAUGGAGACUACAAAAAAGAAAGCUGUAAGUGGAAAGCGGUGUGUUGCUGCGGGAUGUAGCAACACAAAGACAAACACAACUGGUGUUGCAUUGUUUUUAUUCCCAAAAGAUGGCGGCCAAGCCUUACUAUGGAACAAAGAAGUCAAGCGAACACGGUUGGAUUGGACCACACACACAAAGUACAGUGUAUUAUGCAGCGAACAUUUCGAACAAUCAUGUUUCGAAGAGGGUCCCUUGCAAAGGGCAGCGAUGGGCAUCGCCACCACCCGUCGACUUGUGCUGAAGAAAGGUGCGAAGCCAACUAUUUUCAACAGACCACGGCCAUGCUUAAGUGCAAGUUCGACAAGUUCAGAGCACCCCACACCCUCCACAAGUGGACAGACUGUGCACAUGAGGUCUGCAUUUGCCAAAAGGGAAAGGAAGAGGACAAUAGAUCAGAUCAUGGCCAGUACGACUACGGCAUCAGUGGCGGAUGCGGUGGAUGAACCAAUGGCAAUGGCACUAGAUUUGCCUGAUGAGGAGGGCGAUCAAGAUCAUGGAAAUACAAGAGAACAAGGAUGCCAGACAGACUGGGUACCGAUUGGGAGAGCACCAACAGCAUUGACCAGUAGCAAGAGCACCCAAACAGGGAAAAUACAUCAUAGAUAAAAGGGAGCUCAUCCUGCAGCCAGCCAUCAAAAAGGUGUGGGAGGAACAGCAACGGACACACCUCACCAUGCUGCAGGUGGAAGGCCGACCCCUCGAACUUGGUGGUGAUGGGCGAGCAGACAGUGCCAAGUUUGGUACCUACACCACAAUAGAGCUUGUGGCCAAUGUGGUUCUCGACCUUCAGGUUGUACAGAGCAACGAAUGUCUUGGCAGCUACCAUAUGGAGAUGGAAGGACUGAAGAGGAUGGUGGAGCUGUUGAUCAGCUGGGACCUGGAUGUCGGGGUGCUGGUGACAGACAGACACAGACAGAUCGCUAAAUGGAUUCGCGAAAACAUGCCCAAUACACGGCACUGCUAUGACAUCUGGCAUGUUGCAAAAUCCAUCGGAAAGAAACUGAAGGCCAUCUACAAGCAUAAGGACUGUGAAGAACUGAAGCCCUGGGUGCAAAGUAUAAUCAACCACCUCUACUGGGCAGCAGUGUCUACACCGCCUGGAGAGGGGGAACUUCUGGUUGCCAAGUGGAAGUCUGUGGAGCGACACAUUCAGAACAUCCACAAGGACUAUGGCGACCUCUUCCCAAUUUGUACUCAUGGACAACUGCAACGGCAAAAGAAAUGGCUCAAACAAAGUUCACGCUCAGCAGGGAAACUGGAGGAGGUGGUCAACAACAAGUCCCUGCUGAAAGAUAUCGCCAUGCUGUCGGGUGAACACCAGACUUCCAAGGUGGAGGCGUUCCAUAGCCUUAUCAUACAGUUUGCACCGAAAAUGUAUGUCUUCUCAUACAUCGGAAUGCUGUGCAGGAACCUGCUUGCUGGGCUGCACUGGAAUGAAAACUCGAGCCGCCCUAUAGCCACUACACAAGCGGGUUCUGAGCGCUAUGCAGUACGCUACCCGAAGUAUAAAGCAGGGGGCCAUGUGGUCAAGAAAAUCGCGACACAGCCAACAUACCGCUACGUAGAUGACUUGAUCAGGGAGGUUGUUGCUGGCUGCAGACAGACCCCUGACCAGAGAACACCAGUCAGCGUCACUGUGGAUGUGCCUCCCUUCCUCUACGAUGAACUGGAGAAGCCAGACAAGGAGGAAGCCAUCGCCAAGCACAGGAGUCGCUUCGGUAAGUGUUAACUGCCCUCCCAGUAACAGUUGGAGAUGCUACCUCAGUAGAAGCAUUUAAGUCCCAUCUUAAAACUCAUUUGUAUACUCUAGCCUUUGAAUAGACCCCCAUUUUUAGACCAGUUGAUCUGCCGUUUCUUUUCUUUUGUCCUCUGCCCCCCACCCCACACCCUCUCCCCCUUGUGGAGGGGUUAUUCCGGUGACCAUGGAUGAAGUGCUGGCUGUCCAGUCCAGCACUUCGCCUGUGCAUCGGUUGGGGACAUCUCUGCGCUGCUGACCCGUCUCCGCUCGGGAUGGCCUCCUGCUGGCCCCACUAUGGACUGGACUCUUACUAUUAUGUUAGAUCCACUAAGGACUGGACUUUCACAAUAUUAUGUCAGACCCACUCGACAUACAUUGCUUUCGGUCUCUCCUAGAGGGGGGGGGGGGGGGUACCCACAUAUGCGGUCCUCUCCAAGGUUUCUCAUAGUCAUUCACCGACGUCCCACUGGGGUGAGUUUUUCCUUGCCCGUAUGUGGGCUCUGUACCGAGGAUGUCGUUGUGGCUUGUGCAGCCCUUUGAGACACUUGUGAUUU